CCUGGAACAAAUAUGGUGGAGUACCUGCAUGAGGCUAUGGCAUCCAGACCUUACCCCUAUGUUCUGACACUGGGAAAUGACAAGGAGCAUGCAUCUCAGACCUUUGUCAUCACUGCUGGACAGGCUUUGGAACAAGACACUCUGCUUCAGGCAAUCGAUGUCUGUUUCAAGGCCUUCUUUAUCUUGGACAUUAAAUACCCAAAGCAAUGUGAACAUGUGUGGGAAUUUCUGCAGAGUGUGGUCUAUGAAAUGCCAGGAGGGGAGUCCAAACUGGUAAAAUUUCUUCAAACUAGAAUACUUGCAUGCCAAGAGAACUAAGAACCUCUUGGACAAUUUGUUACAUUUUUUUUACAUUAGACAUGUUACAUUAAGCAUUGUUGGUAUUGAGGAAAAUGGCCUCAAGGACUGCUUGUUGCUAGCAGUUUGACACUAGGUCUGUUAAUUGUUGUCAAUUAAGCAUUGUGCAUGGUUUUAAUUCUAACAAUUUUAACUUUUUCCAUAAUUGUUAGAUUUGAUAUUGUUGACAUCAAGUUGGAAUAAAUUUCAAGGCAGGGCCUUGUAAAAAUCCCA